AUGCCUACGUGUGAGCAUACUAUCACCGGCAAGACGAGCCUAUUGCCUCAGGAUGAGAAAACGCAGAAAUUGACCAUUGAUGCUAGAGUCGAAUCGGUCGCUAGAUUUGAGAAUGCUGAGCUUUUACGCUUGGGGCUUCGAGCUCAGAAUAAGCCCUUGCAAGCUACGAUUAGUACUAAUGCCGUUGGCAAGGAGACAUGGGAUCUGGCUCAAACUCUGACAGCCGAGUCUAUCGUCAGGGUCACAGGCUUUGUCAGAGAAGUGGUCGAGAAUGAUGGUCGAGGCAAUGACUGCACAGUCUCUGCAGCAAUCCGUGUUACAGACCUGACUAUCGUCGCCCUGGCAGCACCGGACCUUUCUGACUCCUCACACCACAGGGAGAAGAUGCUUCUACCCCGUGCAGACCUCGAAAAACGACUCAACAAUCGCAUCCUAGAUGUGCGACACGCCGCCUCUGGGGCCAUAUUCAAGCUCCAUUCGGGCAUGUGCCAACUGGUUGUCGAGUUUCUCUGCUCCAAUAAUUUUCACUGGAUUCAUACGCCACGGAUUAUAAGUGCCACUAUCCCAGGCGACAACGAGUAUUUCCAUUUGCCAUAUUUUGGAAAGGACGCGUGGCUAGCCCAGAGUUCACAGCACCACAAGCAAAUGGCACUUUCUAUGGACAUGGGCCGCGUGUUUGAGAUUGGUCCCGUAUUCCGGGCUGAGGUCAAAUCUAGCAAUUCUACCAGGCAUGUUACAGAAUUCACCAUUCUUGAUAUAGCCAUGACAUUCCAUGAUGACUACCGUGAAGUAGUCGAUUUAAUUGAAUCCAUGCUGGUAUUCGUCGUCAAGGAACUUCAGCGACGCAGUCAGUAUAAGCAGCUGAUUGAGGCUGUUCAAAAGCUGUAUCCUCGUGCGCGGCCUUUCUGCGUGGGCCUGGACGAGCAUGGCAAUGUCCCUCGCAUUACUUUUCUCGAGGCAAAGCGUAUUCUUCGAGAGGAACUGGGCCUCGCGUCGGAUGACUGCAAAAAUUUCACAGACCAAGAAGAAGCAGCCCUUGGGCUUUACUUUUGGGAGUCUGCCAGUACCGACAUCUUCACCAUUGAACAGUAUCCCGCACACAUGCGCCAGUUCAACUCGCAAGCCAAUCUGGACUCCCCCGGGCUGUCCAACACAUGGGACACCAUUGUGGGCGGACGCGAGAUUUGCUCCGGGAGUCAGCGCAUCCACGCGUACAGCGAGCUGUGCGAAGCCAUGCGUGCGGGCGUGUGUGGCCCGCCGCUGGAUCCAGAGGGCGAGCAGUGGCAGCCGUACCUGGCUGCAUUCAAGGCCGGCAUGCCGCCCCACGGCGGCUGCGGGCUCGGCUUGAACAGACUAUUGCAGAGUUUUCUUGGGCUGCAAGACGUCCGUGAGGUCAUACUAUUCCCGAGAGAUGUUGAUAGGUUGCGGCCUUGA